AUGCCGGGCAAUAUUGGUAUAAAAUGGCCCCCAAAUCUACGACAACCGUACCACCUUUCAGAGUCGAUUGAAGACGGGAACGACCAAGCAGUCUCUGGCUUCCAAGGCAGAGGCACUGAGACCGAGUUCCCUGAACAUGAGACAGGCACCACCUCUCAUAGUUAUGGGGAGGAUUCCAGUACUCAGCGAAACACUCCUACAGCUUUAUCCGCACAGAAUCCCCUUGAGCCUGUGGAUGAAGAUACCUGUCGUGGGCUGGACACCAGCUCACAGCCUGGGUCGGUUGUAUCUCCCCUACUGGGCCCGUUGAGAUCUCACCAAUCUCUACCUUCAUCCACUCAGACAUCCUCAAAUUCGUUGAAAGCCAUGUCCGAGGGCGAGGUCGACCGUGGGACCAGGAUAGGCCCCUUUUUGAUUCAGCGAGCGCUCUCAACCAAGCUCUCACACGGACAUAUGCGUGCCCGCCAUCCCUCGCACUCCAAAUCUUUUUCAAAUUCUCUAUCAACCCCAAAGCAAUCACUCAACGUCGACCAGCCUGUUUAUCCAGACCAGAGCUUUGCGGCGCUGCACGGACAAAUCCACACCGCUCAACCGUCGCCUCCUCUUCGAACCAGAAGCUCACAUCCCGCCCAAAACAUACUUUACAAUGAAAUGUCCACUUGGACGAAGCAGACUCGAGAUCGGCAGUCCAGUUCCCAAGGCACCAGGACGGCAGAUAAUACUCCCAUGUCAAGUCCCGGGUUGUUCAACCCAGGGGCUCGAGAUCCUUCGGCGUCUUCUCUCGGCGAACUUAGCCCUCAGCUUCACCAUCUUCAAACACCAAAGGAGACCCACACUGCCGAAAUUGAACAUGACACUUAUUCGGGAAAUAAAUUCAUAAACAACUACGAGAUUGUACAGGAACUGGGCCGCGGAGAGCAUGGUAAAGUCAAAUUGGGACGUGACAUCGAAAAAGAAACCAUGGUGGCGGUCAAGAUUGUCCCCAGAUAUUCCGUGAAGCGACGACUCGGUCGACUCGGUGCUCCAGAAGACCGUACGAAGCGAGAAGUGGCCAUUCUGAAGAAAGCCAGACAUCCCAACGUCGUCAGUCUUCUGGAGGUCAUCGACGACCCUAACAAGAACAAGGUUUACCUGAUUCUUGAAUAUGUGGAAAAAGGAGAAAUCAAAUGGAGAAAACCAGGUGUUCGCGAAGUCUUGGCUGUCAACAACAACAGAUUUGUACAAGAGCGUCUGGGCAUCGAUGUCCCUAUGGAAGCCACUGAACGAGAUCUCUUUCACGUUGCUCAAGCCAAGCGACGUCAUGAACAACAAGAGAAGGCUCGGUCUUCAAACCUACACCCUGUCCCAAGUUGGAGUCUCGAGCACGGAGGCGAAGACUUUGAAGAAGACGAGGAUUUCUCGGACAUUUCCAGAUCUGCCUCGCGCCACUUUUAUGGGUCGAGCAACACCAGCCGAACCAGCUCUCACGACGAUUACGCUGAAGCAGCUCUCGCAGGUAGCAUGUACGGUGCGUAUGCGCCUGAUGCAUAUCGGGGCCGGAAGUUCAGCAUUGCCGCAAGUGCCGUUUCACACAUGUCCUCGGAAUGGAAUUUCGACGAAACGGACGACGAACAUUCCUAUGUUCCUGCCCUCACACUCGAGGAAGCUCGCCGAGCAUUUCGAGAUACACUAUCUGGCCUUCAAUUUUUGCACUUCAUCGGUAUCAUCCAUCGCGAUAUCAAGCCGGCCAACCUGCUUGUCUCCAGCAACGGGACCGUGAAAAUAUCGGAUUUCGGUGUAUCAUAUCUUGGACGCCCCACAACCGACGAGGAUCCAGAGAACAAAUUAACGGAGAAGGAUGUUUCAGCACUCGACGAUGAAAAGGAGCUGGCAAGAUCAGUGGGGACCCCUGCGUUUUGGGCACCGGAACUUUGCUAUGAAGAUCCUUCCAUGUUUGAAGAGAAGAAUGGCCCAAGAAUAACCGGAGCCCUUGACCUCUGGGCCCUGGGCAUCACUCUCUACUGCAUGGUGUAUGCGCGGCUACCGUUCUACGCAACCGAAGAUAUGGGACUUCACGAAGCGGUAUGCAAAGCGGAAGUCUUUUGUCCGAAGACUCGACUGAUGCCCGUCGAUACUUCGCGAGAUAAGCCUUCUCAUCACGUGCCAAGCUCAAUCAACAGUAACAAACGGCUGGAUUACGAGCUCAAAUUCGAACCGGUCCCAGGCGCCCUACGCGACCUUAUCCGCAAACUUCUGACCAAAGACCCUGCCAAGAGAAUGACGAUCGAGGAAGCAAAGAAACAUCCGUGGGUAGUCGAAGGCAUGCACGAUCCCUCCCAGUGGAUCAAAGGUCCUCCUGAACUGGAGAAAGGAAGCAAGGAGAAGAUUUUGGAGGUGGAUGAAAAGGAAAUAUCCCAUGCUGUUGGAAAGAGGAACAUAAUCGAACGAGCGCUCAAUACAGCUGGACGAUUCGCAGGCAGUCUCCUCGGAAGAAGCAAUACCCGCAAACGUGCCCCAAGCGCAGCAACUUCAGCAAGUCAGUCGAGCGACUCCAUUACGUCGCCUUCAGCCUCCAGUACAAGCACUGUUGGUAAACACGAGCGUGAUAAGAUUCGCGAUGCACGGCGAGCAAGCUUACGUGGUGACGAAGUUGUGGCCGCCUUGAAGACCUCUAGAGAGACUGCCGAGCACCCUUUGGCACAAAGUCAAACUGCCAGCCCUGAUGACUCGGCACACGAGACAUAUUUUAGCGAAUUUUCCGCACCGAAGGCGGCAUCUGCUGGCUGCAGCCCGAUGCCUGAGCGCGAAGGCCGACCUCAAGGACCACAAAGGGCCAUCUCGACCGUCUCAAAGGCUGAAUCAAUGAAGACAAUCACGAUGUCCCCAACCCAAAGACAACCUCUGCCUUUCUCAGAUCCGCCACACGAUCAGGACCGACCUAGCUUCCUGGAAAGAGGCUUGAAAGCUAAGGUUGAUGGUCUCUGGGAGGGAACUGCGAAGACGUUGGCUCGACUCGGAAGCCGGGACCGACGUUCGCAACCCAUGGAGCGCUCACCAGCUUCAAGCCGUCACUCUUCAGAGAGUGAUGCUCACGCAGGACCAAGUAUCGCCAUGAGCACUGCUUCCGCCGCAGGUGCCAUUGAACCACCUGACGUCCUAAGGGCCACUAUGCUACCGGUCGAUUACAACACAUCUCCAUCAAUUCCAACUAUGAUGACUAUCGGUCCCCAGAAGACUGCCUUUCAACCACCCGUGUCAACCCAGGAGGCAUUUGAACAAGCCCAGGAGGUCAAUCAACGUAGACUGAUUCAAGAAGCGCAAUAUCAAGCCGAGGCUGCUGCCGAGGCCGCCUUGAAACCAGAGAGUCAACCUAGUACGGACGAAUGUCCGCCCUCUCCGGACGAUAUCACCUUCUUGGAAAAGCAGCUUACGAAAGUCGCAAACGAGCCCCCUCCGUUCUCACUCGGUUCAAUCCCCAUCCAGGCAGGACCAUCAGCAAGCACCAUUGCAUCGUCAGUUGAUGGCUAUUAUGGAGCGAGCAGCGUGUCACAGAGCAUGUCAAAUCCGAGUUUCGGAAUCGUAUCUAGUGCAUCUUCACCGCCUGGAGAGGGGUUUUUGAAUGCAGACUAUGUGGGCGCACAAGCAGAUGUUCCUGCCUCCGGGAAAGAUGCCGAACCGGCCUUCAUGCGGACCGCAGACACCGUCACCAAGUAUGGUAGGUUUACGCAGACGGCCUCCGGUGCGGCACUUGAGGAUCGAGAUGAGGGAUCGUAUAAUGACGAUCACGAAGGAGACGACGACUCAGAUGAGGACGGCAUGGUUAUGGGUGUUUCGAGUCGAAAGCUGUAA